AUGGCUAAGUUACAUGAAGAAUUAGAGAAUCUUGAUAUUUUUGUUGAUAAAAAUACACCCAGAGAUGAAUUAAUAACUGUUUUAAAAACAAACCUAUGCUUAAAAACUUUGGACAAUCUAGAAAAUAAUAACACCAGUAUGAAGAAUGUAGUGACUAAAAAUAUCGAUUUGAUGGAUAUUGACAAAGCACCAAAUAUUAUUUUAUUCUCAUUACCUCUUGAAGUUUUAAAAAGGUUUUUUAUGUUGGGCCAAGCAGAUUCAAGUGAUCGAUAUACUACUAGUGAUAUGCAUAAUGGUCUAUUAGAGCUUGUAAAAUGUGGAGAGAUUAAUGAAGAGGAUGUUCCUACACAAAAUACAAUAGAAAAUUGGAUUAAUCGCUAUUCACAAGAAUUAAAAAAAGAGGCAGCAGAAUGUAUAUUAAAUAUUUUUGCACAAGCCACAA